AUGGCCGAAGUCCACAAGUACCAUCUCUUCCCGACAGACCUGGUCCCAAACUCACCACGACCUCUCCUCCAAUACAAGAAUGUUCUGACCAAGCGACCUGAUACUUCCCACGGCGACCCGACAGAGGUCUGGGACUUGUUUACCAAGAACGAAUGGAAGGUCUCGUGGAUAUUCCGCUACGGAGCAACUCAACUGUCGCACUUUCACUCUCAGGCACAUGAGUGUAUGGCAGUUCUCUCCGGUACUGCCACAAUUCGAUUCGGAGUUGCCGAUACCUCGGAGGAUAUGAAAGAGAAUACAUACGGAUCUGCGUGGGAAGAGGGUGGCAUUGAGUUGCAAGCAGAAGCCGGCGAUGUAUUUGUUAUACCUGCCGGCGUGGCUCACAAGACAUACAAUGUCAAGCCUGAUGACGGAUUCAAGUUGUUGAGUCCCGGCGGCGCACACGGCAUUGAAGCCGACGACCCUAGAAAGGCCUUAUCAGAGAUUAAACUGUCUGGCUACACCAUGAUGGGAGCGUACAAUGGUGGCGACUGGGACUUUGUUCAGAGUGGAGGAGAUUUUGAAAAGUCUUGGUCGGUUCCGAAGCCGAAGUAUGACCCAGUGUUUGGACAAUCAGAUAAGGGACUAUUCAAGACAUGGAAGGGAACUGGAAAGACUCCCGAAGGUCUCGAAAUUGCCUUUAAAGACGGUAUCGCUGUUGAGAGUCCACUAGUUGCGUAA